AUGGACGUCAGCAACACACGUCAAAGGCCAGCGACCGGAAGUAGUACAGGGGGCAAGCGACCGCGAAUUAGACCCUCACGAGCGCGGGGACUAAGAACAAAGACAGGAUGGGAGAGACGAGUGAAGUGCGAUGAUGGGAAGCCUACCUGUCUGCGGUGCUCCAAGUCAGACCGGGCCUGUCGAUAUGCAGAGAACUCCGGGCAAACCGAUUCGCGGGUUGACCGGCGUUUGGCAACUGGAAAUGGGACCAAAUUUCGACUCACUGAGGCGGAGUUAGACUCAAAUCAGAGACGCGAGGAGCCCUGCAUCUUUGAGAAUAGGCUCAGUGAUUCAAUCCCCACCCGGAAUUCGCCAAAAUUACAGACACAACAGCCAAGGAUUGGGGCGCGACCAUAUGUCCAGAUCACCCCUGCGGCACCCCCUGACGAUGGGCGAAUAUCACCGAAUGUCUCAGUUGAUACAUCGCUGGGUGAACAACUCAAUGAAUCUGUUGGGCAAACUAGAUCCAGCCUUGAUCCGCCGUUCUCUACUAGUCCGCUUUCGCUGGGCCAGGGUUCGCUUCUGAAUAUUUCCCCCUUUGAAUGGUACGACCUGCUGGCGCGGGAUGCCAUCAGCCAUGCAAACCGGCUGAACGAUCUCUCUGGUCGUGAUCCUAGAUGGAAGUUCCCCGAAAUUAUCCUCUCCCGGCGACAAUCCCCGGCCCCCGAGUGCCCGGAUGCCGAGGUCGAACCGAAUGGGAAUCAAUGCGUGCAGCGGCAAGGCCCCGUGGAUGGUCACGACCACUCAGUCAACUCACCUUCACUGGAUAGUCGUCAACUAUCUUGCAUUUGGAACACACCAGGUCGGAUAGACCUAUCGACCACCGAUCUCAUGUUCUUCCGAUAUUACAUCGAGGUUGUUGGGCCCAUUUUAGACUUGUUUGACCCCCGUCGGCAUUUCAGUCAUGUUGUACCUCAUCUCGCACUACGGAAUGUUGGGCUGUUAAAGUCGAUUCUGGCAGUUGGGGCAAAACACAAGUCUCUUGAUUGCUCGCAUCCAACAGCAACAAAUGGCGUUUCAAGUGACAUUUCCGCGUCGAAUGAGAAUAUUCCGUUCCCACUUCUAUCAAAGAGCCCUCCCUCAGAAUCGGACGUUUCUCCCAAGUCCAUGGCGACACAGUAUUACUAUGAGACGCUUCAAUACCUGUCACAAACAUUACUAUAUCCCGCUUAUGCUGACUCUCAUGAGAUAUUAGCGACGGCCACCAUGAUCAGCACAUAUGAGAUGUUCGACGCCGAUAGUGCCCCGAACAGUGGGGUAUGGGAACAGCAUCUUAAAGGCUCUUUUUGGAUCCAGCGAUCUCAGGACAAUGAUGGCGAGUCCCCUGAUGGGUUAAGGCAGGCUGUCUGGUGGGCAUGGCUUAGACAGGACAUUUGGGCGGCUUUCCAAGCCGGAAGACCAACCAUCACGUUCUGGGUUGCGCGAAAGCCUUUAGAAUUACUUACAGCGGAUGAAACUGCGACGAGAAUUGUCUAUAUCUGUGGCAAGUGCGUCAAAUAUGCCUCUGGCGAAAUAUCCCCAGACCAGGACCUCAAAGACAGAAUCGACCAGGCGGAUCGGCUUCUACGCACGCUUGAUGAGUGGCAGCGAGCAUUGUCAAGCUCUUACCAGCCAGUCAAGGUCACACCUUCUUCAGAUUCAGACGGAAUGUUUCCAUCCAUCUGGAUUCAUCCUCCAACCCACGCAGGUGCAAUCCAGAUGUACCACUUUGCCAGAUCUAUUGUUCUGCUUAACCAACCGACAAUGGGUGGGCUCCAUGCCUAUAUGCAUCGCGAAAAAGAACUUGCUGAAAGCGUAAAGAUGGUCUGUGGCAUCGCCAAUUCCUGCCAAGAAUACGAAUCUGCAAACGCGUUUGUCAAUGUGCAAGCUCUAUUUGGAGUUGGCCAAUUCGUUCGAGCGCCCGAGGUGCGCGGCGAAAUCCUCCGUCUGCUGCAUAAUAUGCUUAGGAUCAGCAAAUUUCCCACCAAAAGAGUUCUUUCCCGGCUAGAACAGAUUUGGGAGGUAUCAUGCUAG